UUUGUUGAAAACUUCAGGGUAUUUUAAAAUGUCUCUCAAAUUCAGACUUCCUUUUAACAUUGCCAUACUAUAAAUACUGAUCAUUACACAUUUUUUUGUUCGACUAUUCCAAAUAAAAUCACUGUCAUGACUGUGUUAAAUGUUUUCGUCAUAUAUACUAUACUUCUGCUAAUAUAUACUAAUAGUGUUGAGACUAAAAGAGUUUUAAUGAUAGAUAUUUGACGUAAUAAAAUCGUUGGGUUUCUUCUUUUCUAAGCAUUUUUAAAUUUUUUUGUCCUGAUUUUUCGAAUCGUUUUUCAAAAUUCAACUUUUGUCACUCCUUUUAAUAUAGUCUAAAAUAUAUCCUACGAUGUUUUUCAAUGAUACAUUGCCCUACAAACAACAUGAAACUGACCAGCCAAUUUGUUUAAUUUUGUAAAAAAACCCAAUUCAAGUCAUUUUACAAUUUAUUGGGUAUAUUAUGUCAUUUUAUGUAAUGCCUCUCAAGGAAAGGCAUUUCAUUAUUUGCCUAAAAAUUAUGGCAUUUAAAAAGCCAAUGUUUAGAAAUUAUAUGUAACAUAUACAUCCCUUAAUGUAUGUUUACAUUCUACAAUACUUACUGGUGAAUCCGUCGUGACAAAAUUAUCUACAUUGUUUAGGUAUUUGUUUUGUUUUCAAAUUUCAGCAUGAUCAAAACUCUACGAAUUGUCUACAUAUUUAACUUACCCAAACCCAAUCUUAUUAAUAAAUUCUGUUUUAAAGAAAAACAUAACUACCGGAUGCUGAAAUUUCCAACUUAAAAACUUAAAAAAUAUUAUUCUAAAAUAUAAUAAAUAUUACUUACCUUCUUCCAAUGUAAACAAAACAAUUCUAGCUGUCUUAAAUUCCAUAAAACAUCACGAGACAUCAAAGUAGAAUUACAAUGUUGUCACUGAAGCAGGACAUACAACAAUAUAAAAUUAAUAAAAAUUAUCAUGUUUGUAUCAUUGUAAUAUGGAUUAAGGCAAUACACAUUUAUUGUGGUUUGAAAUUGAAAGAAAAUAUCUUAUAUCAGCCAGAAAUGUUAUAAAUCUCAUUAUCAUACGAUGUCAAGAACGUGCAAGUUUUUUGUUACAGGUGCCCAUUUGAUAAUAUUUACAUUUACAAAUAUAUUUCCCGAAAAAGUGUUAAGAAAUCUAUAUAUAUAUAUAAAUAAUACUAUAUAUAAAACUAAUAAAUCAUAUUCUAACAAUUUAGACAAUAUAAGACAUGAAACAUAGAUAUAUCCUUUAGGAGAAAUUAUAAAGAGGGAAUUUUUGUUGAUCAUUAGAACCAUCAAUCUGUCCCAUAACUUUAGAAAAAAAUAUAUUAAAAAAACUAUGAAAUAAACAUACAUUUUGCAAAAAAUGAAUUAUCUUUCUUGUAUUUCCUUGACCUAUUAUCGCUAAUCUACGUUUAAAUUCACUGUUAUCAUCAAAUGUUAACAGACAAAAUGAGCAAAUGUGGCACCGAUGUUAACAAAAACAUUUAACACAAUACGAAAUUUCGUUACGCAAGAAACAAGAUAUAGAAUAAGGAGUUGUGGUAUGAUUGCCAAUGACUCAACUAUCCAACAGAGUUCAAAUAAAGUUUCAGCUUUAUUAUAACUGUUACAAUAUCAUUAUUGUAUUUCGUCCACACGGAACAUAAAAUUACAAACUUUUUUCUGCCCAAACGGAAAUUAUUUUAUUCAGUCCACACUCAAUCCUCCUUUAACCCUGGACAGUGGUAUAACAGCACAACAUCAGAACAAACUGUAAACAUCAGUUAGAAAUGGUUGGAAGCAUCAAUUUUAGUACCGGGAAAACCAACAUUCAAAGAUAUAACUACGGCGUUAAGUUGAUAUCCUACAAGAAUGCGUUUUAAGAGAGUCGACACAUUCUUGUUAUACGAAGACAGCUAAAAAGUAACAAGGCCAAUAAUUAUACUUCACGUUAAAUGCUACAUUCUGAUUGGCUAAUAUGAGGGAGAUAAUUUACUUUAUUAUACUUCACGUUAAAAUGCCAGAUUUUGAUUGGCUAAUACGAGAGAGAUAAUUUACUCUAUCCCAUGGCUGAGCGGGAGACAAUUUUUUGAAUGUCACCCUCUCGUGCAGACCAAUCAAAAAUGACAGGACAAUGAAUUGAAUUUACAUCAAAUAAUUAAAGACAAUACUCAAUUUCUACGUUUUGGCUCAGAAACUUUUCAUAGACUGUCAAAAUAAUAAAAUGAAAAAUUCUUGCUUCACUUCUGUUGAUUUUUCUAAUACCUGUAACGUUGUUAUGUACGUGACGUCAUAGUAAAAUACUUUAAAUUUUAUAUUCAACAGUAUAAGUCAAUAAUGAUAGGAUAUUCAGUAUAAUAAAUUAAAUAACACAUAGCUGAGAUGAUGAUAGAGCAGAUUGGUACCCCUUGAAAAAACAUUGUUAACCUUGGCUUCGCCUCAGUUGACAAUGUUUUUUCGGGGUAACAAUCUGAUCUAUCAUCCUCUCAGCUAUGUGUUAUUCAUAUACUAUCCUAUGGCUCAGCGGGAGACAAUUUUUUGAAUGUCACCCUCUCGUGUAGAAAAAUCGAUAAUUUAAAGGACAAUGAAUUGAAUUUACAUCAAAAUUUUUAAAGACAAUACUCAAGUUUUACGGUUUGGCCUCAGAACUUUUUCAUAGACCGUCAAAGUAAAAAAAAAACAUCUUGUUUCACUUUUGUUGUUUUACUAAUAACUGUACACGUUGUUAUGUACAUGAAGUCAUGAUUUAAUUAAUUCCAAAUUAAAAUUAAAAAAAAACAAUAAUGGCAGAACAGUCAGUAUAAUAUUCAAAUAACACAUAGCUGAGAGGGUGACCGAGCAGAUUUUUACCCCUUGAAAAAACGUUGGCAACCUUUGCUUCGCCUCGGUUGCUUUAUCUAUUACUAAAUAUUACCCUGAAACUGUCAAUUAUCAUGAGUGAAAUUCAAUGAUAAAAUGAAAAUUACUAUUUACGUCACCAGUUUAAUUGUCUUGGGAGACCGACUCUGUGAACAAAAUAGAUACAAAUAUCAUUAACUGGACAAAUAUUUCUCUUAAUUUUCUAACCAAUACUGGAUAUCAAUUGUGAAAAAGAUGACACCACUGGCAGGAAGUUGCUUUUUUAAAUAACAAAAUUAUUCAAAAAGCAAAAAGCAUAUUAAAAUGUCCUUCAUUUUUAUUCAUUUUGGCUUUAGAGACUAAUUUUUAAAGUAAAUUGUGGUGAGUGAAAUUAUUUUGUCUUCAAUUAAAAAUUUUCAUAUUAACAGUUUUUGAUAGGACUUAAAUAUUUCAUUAAUUUUCUUUUCGGUAGUGAUAUUUUUUAUACAAAUAUAAUUUUGGCAUAUUGCUCAAAGUCUAUUUUUCUGCAUUUUUCAUGACGAUCCUGUAUGAGAUCUUAUCGGAAGUACAAAAGCUAAUUCUAGAAUGUUAGAAGGCAUAUUGUGUGCUUAUACCCAGUCAGACUAUCUUCACCAUGUGUUUUUUUUUUUCUUUGUUUGUACGUCAAUUUUUUCGUUUGAGUUUUCGAGGUUGGUUUGUUCUGUUGGUUCAAUAUUUUUGUAAUUUCCGUUAUUCUUUAAUUUAAUUGAUAUCUAUAUCAAAAGACUAAGCACAUUAAGCUUGCUUUCAGAAUGUUCUACGUUAUCAUUUUGAGUGUUUUAUUUUGUACUUGUAUUUUUAUGGUCUGUAGUUACGAUAACAUAUUUAUCUUGACAGAUUUUUAAUUUUACACCUUUCUUUGUCCCCAUUGAUUAUAAUUUGCAUUGGUUAAGAAGAAGUGGAGGUGGUUUAGUACUAGGAAAAAAAAGAAGAACCACAUGUAGAUGUUCCUUUCACACAGGGAAUUUCGUUAGCGAUGAGUUUAGUGCAUGGUUAACUAAGUUCUUCCUUCGUUGAAGACUGUAUGUCGACAUUUUAACUUCUCUUCUGGUUUUACAUUAUUUAAUGUGUUUCCGACAAAAUUUGACAUGUUAAUGUAUACCCGUUUUGAAUUUGUGAUUUCCAUUUCGAAAAAUUUGUACGGUCUAGUCGUAUAUGUUCAAAUAUAAAAGUUGUCUCAUUAGCAAUAAUAUCAAAUCUCCUUAUUUGUUUAUUUCGAUGUUUAUUUGAGUGAGUCUUUGUUAUUUGUAUUCCAUUGUAGGUAUGUACCUUUGGCGCUGAGCAACACACUGACAAUGUUUCCAAAUUAAAAAGCAAGUAUCUAUUUAGACUAGAUACUUAAUUCAAUUUGCUAUAGUCAUUUCACAUUUUACUUUACACAUCAUAAAACUGUAAAUUACAAUCUAUCUUGACCUUUGUCUUAAGAUAUGUGCCUCCACUUUGAUAAGAACUUUAGAUUAAAGAUAUUUACAAGAUAAGAUAAUGUUAUUGUAUAAGUAUUUCCAAAAAUAUUUUGGACGGAGUAAAAAUAGCGGUAAGGUGUUACAUAUUUCUAUAGUUUAUAAGAUUACUUUUAUGCGACAUGUCAACCUCUAUGAAAAGGAGAAAAUAUUAUGAUGUUUAGAUAAAAAACCAUUUUAAACAAUCUACAUUAGAACAAUGAAAUAACUGUUAUUGAUAUAAAAAUGGUCACAUCACGGUGGACCUGUUCCUAUAUGGAGAUAUACAUGGGUCCCAUUUUUGAUAUGUCAAAUAUAUCAAUUGGUUGGUAUUUCACCCAGGUCAAAUGCCAAUGGGUAAGUAAUUUUCAUCUUUCGAUUAGAUAUCGGUAUACAUACACUGUUUUAUCUUUAAAAAAAAUUAAGAUGUAAAAAAUUGUAUAUGUGAUAAUUGAAAAAUAUAUGAUUUUGCCAUGAAAUAAAUCUAUGGGUCGUGCUUUUCACAAGACUUCAAUACUUAGUAUAUGAAUGGAGUUGUUUUUCGAAUCCUAGCCGCACGUCUGUACCCAAAAUCCCCCUCCCCAUAGGUCACAAAGAAAUCCACAAAAUACAACACAAUAAAAUGAAAUUACCGUUUACUUAUUCAGAUCUGUUGAAUUAAUAUGUUCUUUAUGGCAUAUUUUAUUUUAGAUAUCAACUGAAACGUUUCCUUUAUCACUAUGACUGAACAUUUAAACUUAACGUCUGAAAUAGAUAUUCAAACGAACAAUACUCUUCAAAAUGAAACAGCACAGUCGUCGUCUUCUGCACUUACAACAGCAUCAGAUAUUAGUAUUACUGCUUCUCUUGUUGUUAUCAUGCUUGGAAUGGGAUGUACAAUAGAAAUCAAAAGCCUGGUGAAGCACAUUCGGAGACCAGUAGGAAUAUGCAUAGGAAUGUUGUCACAAUUUGUUGUUCUUCCAGCUGUUACAUUUGGUCUUGCGCACGCAUUACAACUUCCUCCUUUAGCUGCCAUUGGGAUGUUGGUUGUUGGAUGCUGUCCAGGUGGUUCGACAACGAACAUAUUUAGUUACUGGACAGAUGGUGACGUUUCUUUGAGUAUAUCGAUGACAGCUGUGUCUACUCUAAUUGCUAUGGGAAUGAUGCCACUGAAUUUACUGAUCUAUAGCCGCAGUUGGACAGACAAAGCUCUGGUUAUACCAUACAUCAAUAUUCUGAUAUCGUUCGGCAUGACUAUAGGUCCUGCUGUGGUUGGUAUAUUAGUUAGAUGGAAGAUAUCGAAACUGGCAGACAUCCUUGUUAAAUGUGGGUCAUUUGCAGGAGCAAUCAGUGUAGUGCUUGUAAUAACACUAAUGAGUCUUAGGUUCCCAUAUAUGUACUAUGCAUCGUGGAAAAUAUAUAUCGCAGCCUUUAUACUUCCGUUUGCUGGUUUCCUGUUUGGUUACGUUGUUGCCGUGAUUUGUCGCCAGGACCCAGUCAGGUGUAGAACAAUUGCUUUAGAGACGGGGAUACAAAACUUUCCUCUUUGCAUGACAUUAUUACUACUGACAUUUUCAAAACAAAUAUUUGCACAGAUUUCAUUGUUUCCAUUAUUGUAUGGUGUAACGUGUAUAAUAUGUAGCUUGGGAUUUUUAGGCAUUUACAAAAUAGUGAAAAAGGUAAAAUCUACACGAGAGAAGAACAAAGAAUUUAUCAGUGUGUCAACUAUCGGAGACGACAAAAUUGUAUUUAAGAAUUGAAUGCUUCUUUUUGUAAAUUUAUUGGGGUGUAAAAGCGUUGACCGAAGUACAUUUUGUAUGAAGCGCGGAAGCGCUUCAUUCUAAAAAUGUGCGCACGGUCAACGCUUUUACAACCCUAUUAAAUUACUAAAAGAAGCAUUCAAUACUUAUAAUUACAUUUUUUUGCUAUGAUCAUAAAAACACGUUUUCUAUCAAGUUUUUCUUUUAUUUACCUGUGCACUUUAUUGUGGAAGCUCGUAUCAUCAUGAAUGUUACAUUUCAUUUUGAAAUGAAGGUUAAUUUCGAAUGAAUGAAUGAAUUUUAUUCUCAUCAACUAAUGACAUAGUUAUAGAGACAAUAUAAUAUAAUAUACAGUGCAUGUGUGAAAUAAUGAUAUACAUUAACCAGGAGGAGAGACUUUCACAUAAACAGCUUAAAUAUAUCGACAUAAUUUUUCAAAAAUUGCAAUAUUACUUGAGGAAAACAGAUAGCAUAAUUUCAAGGUGUUUGCAUUUUUCCAACAAAAUUCCGGUAAAUAUUUUUGUCUUUCGUUAUCGAAAGAUUUACAAGACAAUAUAUAAUGAUACUCGUCACCGAUUUCAGCCGAGCCACAGAUACGACACAAUCUAUCAUUUCUUGACAGAUUAUGCCAUCUCCCUGUCUCGACUGGUAAACGGUGACUACCACAUCUAAAUUUACAAAACAUAUACAUACAAUUCAAUGGUAAAAUAGAUAUAUAUUCUUCAAAUUUAAAUUCUGUUUUAAAUAUUCUAUAACAUAUACCUUUAGAGGUAGAAUUCAUAUUUUCAUGCCAUUCCUGUAUAAAUUGGUCGACCAGUUUUGUUCUACACAUUUAGAAAUCCACAAAGCAGAAAAAGUACCCUGUUGAUUCCAAAUAUUUGACAUUCCACAAUUAUCUAAUGUGUUUUUUAUAAAACGUAACCAUUUACUCUCCAAACCAUAAUUAUUAGAGUCAAUAAAUAAUAGAUUAUAUAAAAGUGAGGAGACUUUACAUUCUUCUCCAUGUAAGAGACGACACCAAAACUUUACCAUACGAACUCUUGCAUGAACUGAAUCUUCCCAGCUCUCCGUAAAUCAUAAAAUUUGGAGUAGAUUGUUUCAAAUGUAGUAUAAGUUUGCAAAAUUGCAAAUGAACUUUUUCGAGUAACUCCAAGUUUUCAAAACCCCAAAUUUCACAUCCAUACAAAAGUAUCGGUAAAAUAGUUUUGUCAAACAUAUCUAAUUGACAUUCAAUAGAUAAAUUGUUUUUUCUACAUUUUUGAAACAAUCCAUACAUUGCUUUUGUAGCUUUUCCAUAUAAAUAUUUUCUUGUCUUUAAAAAAGAGCCACUUUUUGAAAAUAUAAUUCCAAGAUAUCUAUAUUCGUUUACUAUCUCGAUUUCAUGAUCUUCAAUAUUAAAUUUUAAAUUCUUUGACAGUCGACCUUUUGAAAAUACCAUAACUUUUGUUUUCUGCACAUUUAUUUUCAGUUUCCAUUGUUUACAAUAAUCACAAAACUCGUUAAGCAUCAAUUGUAAGUCUUCAUUUGAUUCUGACAUCAAAAUUGCAUCGUCAGCAUACAGUAAAAUAAACAUUUUGAAAUAAACCAUUAAUUCAUUUUCUAUAUCUUUACUAACAGUUUCUAAACCUUUAGCAUUUGUAGUUUCUAGAAAGUCUUGCAAGUCAUUUAGAUAUAAAGAAAACAAUAUAGGAGAGAGAUUCUCCCCUUGUCUAACUCCUAUAUCACAAGCAAAGAAGUCAGACUUUUCAUUAUUAUGUACUAUACAGGAUUUCGUAUCUGAAUACAUAUUUUUUACAAUUCUAAAAAAUUUCCCAUUUAUGUGGUUCUGAAGAAGUUUGAAAAAUAAAGAGUUUCUAUGUACAAAAUCAAAGACUUUUUCAAAAUCUACAAACGCACAGUAAAGUUUCUUUCUUUUUAAAAACAAUAAUUGAAACAAUACAUACAGAGAAAAAAUAUGGUCGUUGGUAGAAUAUUCGGAUCUGAAUCCAACUUGAUUCUCAUGUAAAAUCUUAUAAUGAUCGAAAAAUGUACUUAAUCUAUCAUUCAAAAUAGAUGUGAAUAUCUUUCCAAUGCAAGAUAAUAGUGUUAUGGGUCUAUAAUUUUUUGGUUCCAUUUUACUCCCUUUAUUUUUAAAAAUAGGUAAAACAUUACCAAAAAGCCACGACUCUGGUACAAUACCUGUAUCAAAAAUCAAAUUGAAUAAAUAAUAAAUGUCAAUCAUAGAAUCCAAUGAAGAUGAAAUGUAUUCAUUAAUAAUUAAAUCAUCACCUGGAGACUUGUUAUUUUUCGCUUUUUUUACUGCUUUUCUGAUUUCAUCUGCUGUUAUUUCCUUGUUAAUCAUCUCAAUUACUUCGUCUGAAUUUAUCUCGUUUGUAAUAACAAAAUCGUCUGAAUGUUCUUUGUUUGUAUCUAAAUCUUUAAAAAAGUCAACCAAAGUUUGCAAAGGAAUUUUUGAAAUAUCUCUUUGCCUAUUACCAUGAAAAAGUUUCCAAAAUUCUUUGGGAUUUUUUGUUCUCAUGUUUUUCAUUUUGUUUCGAAAAUCUGUAUUAAAUCUCACAAUAGCAUUAUCCAUAGAUUUCUUAUAAGAAAGUUCACUCACCCUUCUUUAAAUAUAUUUGAACCAUAUUUUUUACACAGUCUUUUUGAUUUUCUGAAUUCUUUUUUUGCUUUCAAUCAUUCCAGAUCAAACCAUUGCUUUUUUGAAUGUCUUUCAUGUGCUUUACUACCUGUCAGACCGAAAGUAGUUUCUGCCGAUUUCAAUAAAAUAUUACAAAGAUCAAAAACUACUUCAUCUACUUCCGGUUUUCGUGCGUUUUCUUUUGCAUUAUGUAAUGAUUGUAUCUUAACAAAUAAUUUUUCAAUCAUUUCUCCAUCUAAAUUAUCUCUAAAAUCCAAUGUUUUUUCACAUUUCCAUUUAACAAUUUUUGGUGUAAAAUUAUUUUUCUCAAAAUCUGAAUGCUUCUUAUUUUUACAGCUCAAGGUAAGUGAAAUAGGUGAGUGAACAUCUGAAAAAAGUCUACAAAACUCUUGUACUUCAAAGUCGAGUAUAUUCUCAAGAACAUUACAAGUGCAUAAAAAAUUAUCAUAUAAUCAACUACACUUUAAUUUUUACAAGUCAUUCUACCAAUACUAUCUUUCCCAAAUCUACCAUUUAAGAUAAACAUAUUAUUGUUUUUACAAAAUUCAAUAAGUUUUCUACCAUACUUAUUUACAAUAGUGUCAGAAUUUUUUCUAUACCUUGAUAUGUUCAUAUCAUCAAGAAUACAUAUAUCUGAAAAUACAUUUAUAUCGGAUAUUUCAUUAAAUUGAGUAUCAUCAGUAUCUUCAGUUUCAUGGAAAUCUUUGAGUGUUGCAGUUCGACUAUUGAAAUCGCCAAGUAAACACAUGUAGUCAUUAUUCUUACUAAAAUUUUGAAACUCAAAUUCAAUUUCCGAAAAGGCUUCAUCUGACGCAUACGUUUUAUUUUCUGGGGGUAUAUAAGUAAUACCAAAUAUAAUAUUUUCUUGAAAAUCAAAAUUUUCUUUUUCAACAGAAAACCAGAAAACAAAAGGACAUUCUGAUUCUAUUACAGUAAUGUAACGUUCUAAAUAUUUUUUGUAACCUAUAGCAAUACCACCAGAUUUGUAGUUUGAAAUUUUCUUUCUUUUUUUAUACUUGAAAAAUCAAUAGUGUCUAUAUCAUCAAGCUUUGUUUCUUGAAAACAAACAAUAUCAAAUGUAUUUAUUAAACAUUGAAAUUCGGGAUAAAAUAAUCGUUGCUUGACACCACAUACAUUUAGAGAUAAUAUUUUAAUAUCUGAGUUCUUGUUCACUGUGUAGAGAGUUGAUCCGUGAAAGUCAACCGAAUCGUUAGAAUUGUCACUGUUCACUGAGUUUGUUUGCCCUCCAUGGUUCACCUAUCUUCCGUUACUUGAGGUUUCAUCCGAAGUGAGAUCAUCUCGUCUGUUUCGUCGUCUUGUUUUUGGACGUGCUCCUUGUGAUUGAAAAUCCCGUCGUGUAGUAUUUUCGGCUAUAUCUGAUGGUAGAGGCUUAAUUUCUUUUCAAUCAAUAAAAAGUCUGUCUCGUUUGAUAAGAGCUUUUUUGUUUUGUUUUCGAGCUUCUUUAUAAUAGGGCCACAAUAACUUUCUUCUUUCGUUGAUUUCUUUAGGGAAUUGUUCUGAAACACCAAAGGUAGUCCCCUUAAGAUUAGUUGCAGACUUCCGUACUAUUUCUCUGUCCUUAAAGCUUUUGAAUCUGCAUACAAUUGGUUUGGUUUUUAAUGUUGUCCCGUCUCGAUUUUUUCUCUCAUUCAGCUGUCCGAAUCGGUGUGCUCUGUGGAAAUCAAUCUCUGUUUCCAUUUUCAUAUGUUCUGUCAUGAAUACUUUCAAAAUUCCGUCCGUUGUAUCCUGUAUUCCUGUGAAAACUAGGUUCUCACGCAUCGACCGAAUCUUAGAGAUCUAGGUGUUUUUCUUGUAGUUCAUCGAGAUUAUUCUGCACCCUUUGCAUGUUUUCUGCCACUUCGUUGUUUUCAGAUCUAAUAGCAGUAAUUUCAGAUUUCAUGUCGGAUAGAUCAUUUCUAUUUACCUCAAAUUGUGAGUUUAUAAAGUCCAAACUUUUUUCUAUGUCUCCUACUCUAUCUGUAAUUUUUCCUACAUUGCUUGAAACUGUUUGCAUACUUCUUUCAAAUUUGUCAAUUUUUUCACCAAAAGAGUCAAGAAUAGAUAAUUUUGUCAACAUUUCUUCCACCUUUUGUCCCAGAUUGUCAAUUUUGAUGUUUGUGUCGUGUCCCAUAUUCAUUGUUGAAUGCAUAACUGGUUGAAUAUUUGGAAUAGGUUGGGGUCCAUAAAGAUAAUAGCCCGUUGGUGAGGUGAACUUUGGGGUUGACAUGAUGUGUUGUAUACUGUGGUAUGCUGGAUCUUCCAGGGAGGAUAGGAAAAUCAAUAUUCUGUAUGUACGUUGACAUAUUUAAAGUCUGUAAUUUAUCGACAGUUUUAUUUUUUAAACUAUUUUUCGGUUUGUUUACAUUCUCAUGUUUUGAAUCGUGAGUACUACUUUGUUGUUUCUUACUUGGUUUCUCCGUGCUAACAUUUUCAGGUUUUGAAUUCCUCCUUUUCUGACCUUUCUGACCUUUCUUGCCAUCCUUUUUAUGAUUCAUGUAGUUAAUACACUAGUUUGCUAAUACAUUCCUCAUACAAUAACUUUCACAAUAAUAGUUAACUUCUAGUUAUUGUCUUUUUUCGGGAUAAAAAAUUGGUCGACAUAUUUUCUCCACACAUGCGCGGAAUGACGCGAGAUUGUUGUUUGCCAAUCACAAUAACGUAUUAUAAUGAAACAUACAUGUAAUGUAAUUAUAUGGUAAUAAAUAGGAUCAAUGUAUACUCUGAAAUAAAAUAAAUAAACCCGUCA